AUGAUGGACCUUUUUGAGACCAACACUUAUCUUUUCAGUGAUUUGCGUUAUUUGGAGGAGGGGGAUCAUGGACCACUGCAGCACCUGGACAUCGCGGGGGUGUCCCCCUUGUACAACGGGGACGACAGCCCGCUGUCCCCGGGCCAGGACCAUAAUAUCCCGUCGGAGACCGGGGGGGAGAGCAGCGGGGAGGAGCACGUCCUCGCUCCGCCGGGGCUCCGUGCGCACUGCGAGGGCCAGUGCCUCAUGUGGGCCUGCAAGGUCUGCAAGAGGAGGUCUGCUCCCCCGGACCGGCGCAAGGCCGCCACGCUGAGGGAGAGGAGGAGGCUGAAGAAGAUCAACGAGGCCUUCGAGGCGCUGAAGAGGAAAACCGUGGCCAACCCCAACCAGAGGCUGCCCAAGGUGGAGAUCUUACGCAGCGCCAUCAGCUACAUCGAGCGGCUGCAGGAGCUGCUGCAGACGCUGGACGAGCAGGAGGAUAAACCCCAACACGGAUCCACACUUCACUCUAAAGAUCACAGUGCCGCCGCUCAGCCGUACCUCUGGAAGAAGUCCUCUGAGCCCUGGCUGACCUCUGCUGACCAUUCCACCGCCGCGGCAAUGACAGCACUGAGAGAAGGAACCGGCGGGUCCUCGGGUUCCUCCAGCCUCCUGCGUCUGUCCUCCAUCGUGGACAGCAUCUCCCACGACGAGAAGAUCAGCUCCAGCGUCCAGGACAACUGA